GACCCACAGCUAACCCCAAGGUAGGGUUUAUAUAUUUCCCUGCAUACAAUAAAAAAAGCAAUGAGCAGAAGCAGCAGAAUGUAGGAAACAAGGAAAGCUUUUACUUUUACUUUAAAGUUAAGCAGCUUGAAGCUCCAUAUAACCAAGGGCCCAAUUCUCUUUCCGACAGUAAUGAAGUCUUAAAACAUCUUUUUCCCCUUUGCAUUCUGUUUCAAUGGCGGCCUUACAGAGAAUGCCUGCGUUAAUCCCCUGCCUGUUAAUGCUUUUAAUUCAUGGCUCCUUAGCAGCCUCCAGCACGUUUCUAAUAGGCACAGGGUCAUAUGACAUCACGGGACCGGCCGCGGAUGUGAACAUGAUGGGCUACGCCAACAUGGAUCAGCUGGUCUCUGGUGUUCACUUCAGGCUGCGGGCUCGAACCUUCAUUGUGGGUGAACCCAAUGGCAAAAGAAUCAUGUUCGUUAACCUGGACGCAUGUAUGGCCUCACAGAUUGUCACGAUCAAAGUCCUCGAGCGUCUCAAGUCCAGGUAUGGAGACUUGUACACUAAGGAGAAUGUGGCCAUAAGUGGCAUUCACACACACUCUGGCCCUGGGGGCUACCUGCAAUAUAUUGUGUACAUAGUUACAUCCCUUGGUUUUGUUCGACAGUCAUUUGACGUUAUUGUGGAUGGUAUUGAGAAGAGUAUUGUGCAGGCACAUGAGAACUUACGGCCUGGGUCAGUAUUUUUUAAUAAGGGGGAGCUCUUAGAUACAGGAAUAAAUCGGAGCCCCAGUGCUUAUUUAAAUAAUCCAUCAAAUGAAAGAGCUCGAUACAAAUAUAAUGUCGAUACAGAUAUGACUUUGCUAAAGUUUGUGGAUAAUGAGUGGGGUCCAGUAGGAAGUUUUAACUGGCAUGCCACGCAUGGAACUUCAAUGGGGCGCACAAAUUCACUAAUCAGUGGUGACAACAAAGGAGCUGCAGCACGCUUUAUGGAGGAUUGGUAUGAAAAGAAGAGUGGUGAUUCUGCUUAUGUGGGGGCUGAAAGGAAUGGUUUUGGAUAUUACACAAAUUCAUUGAGAAAACUGUAUAGAAGAAUUUCAAAUAUAAUUCCACAUGCAGAUGAAGAUAUUUACAAAACUGCAGCAUCACUCAACAGCACAGGUGGCAGGCCAACUACAAGGAUGUCUAGUAUUGCCCAUCGGGUUCGAGGCCCAAUGAGACAUAGUGAAAGACCUCAGUUUGUUGCUGCAUUUUGUCAGUCCAAUGUUGGUGAUGUGAGCCCAAAUGUGUGGGGUACAUUUUGUAUAGACACUGAUUUGCCUUGUGAUUUUAAUCACAGUACUUGUAAUGGAAAAAAUGAGCUAUGCUAUGGUCGUGGCCCAGGAUACCCAGAUGAAUUUGCAAGUACUCGUAUCAUAGGGGAAAGGCAAUUCAAGAAAGCCACUGAAUUAUUCAAUCGUGCCACUAGGCAGUUAUCAGGUAAAAUAGAUUAUCGUCAUGUCUAUCUUGACUUUUCCAAACUUGAGGUAAAAAUUCAAGAUAAGCCUGGUGGGGAGGAAAAGGUAGUUCAAACAUGCCCAGCUGCCAUGGGAUUCAGUUUUGCUGCUGGAACAACUGAUGGUCCUGGUGCAUUUGAUUUUCAGCAGGGGGAUGACAAGGGAAACCUAUUUUGGAGGUUUGUGAGAAAUUUAUUGAGGACUCCAACUGCAGAACAAGUUGAAUGCCAGAAGCCAAAGCCAAUCUUGCUUGAUACAGGAGAAAUGUCUCAACCUUAUGCAUGGGCGCCAGCUAUUCUUCCAAUUCAGAUCCUAAGGAUUGGCGAGUUUGUCAUCCUCUGUGUACCUGGAGAAUUCACAACAAUGGCUGGAAGGCGUCUCCGAGAAGCUGUGAAAGAGGUGCUGAUUACUUAUGGAAAGGGCGAAUUUCACAACAGCACUAAUGUAGUAAUAGCAGGCCUAACCAAUACCUAUUCUCAGUACAUCACAACAUUUGAGGAGUACCAAGUUCAAAGAUACGAGGGGGGAUCUACUUUGUAUGGACCACAUACAUUGAGUGCAUAUAUUCAAGAGUUCAGAAAACUUGCCAAAUCGAUGAUAGAUGGAGAGAAGGUUGAUUCAGGUCUAUCACCUCCUGAUCUUUUGGAUAAACAAAUUAGUUUUCUCCCUCCAGUUAUUGUUGAUUUGACUCCAAGUGGAAUUAAGUUUGGUGAUAUUAAACAAGACAUUUCCAAAAAGGGAACUCACACAAAAGGAGAUGUUGUAGAGGUGACAUUCUGGUCUGCUUGUCCACGGAAUGAUUUGAUGACCGAGGGGACUUUUGCUUUAGUAGAAAUGUCAAGUGCUGAUGGAAAAUGGACUCCAAUGUAUGAUGAUGAUGAUUUUUGUCUGCGUUUCAAGUGGUCACGCCCGUCUUCCAAAAGCACUUAUAGUUAUGCAAGCAUACAAUGGGAGAUUCCAGAAGAAGUCAAGCCUGGGAUAUACAGAAUUCGUCAUUUUGGUGCAGCAAAACAUUUAUUUGGUACCAUUGAUUAUUUCACAGGAACAUCCAGUGCUUUUGUUGUAUCAUAGCAAUCUUUAAGGAGUUAUAGCAUCCACAGAGAUACAUUGAUAUAUGCUUUAUAUGUUUUAAAAUGCAUACUUAAUCCAACUACAGAGCAGGGUUGUAUAAAUGUUUUCUUUGAGUUGCAUAAAAUUUUACUUUUUCAUUUUAGACAAUUAACAAGCUAUUAUGAAGAGUGCAGAUAUUUCAUGCUCUGAUCAA